AAUGGUAACAACCCAAAAUGGUGGACAGGCUGGUUAACUCAGAGGCAAAUGCCAGACGGAUAAACAAUGUUGAACAGUGCUUUGGUUCAUCUGGACAGCCACUUGGCAUUCCGGGCAGAGUGCUGGUGGGAGAGGGAGUCCUCACCAAAAUGUGUCGCAAGAAACCAAAGCCAAGACAGUUCUUUUUGUUCAAUGAUGCCCUUGUCUAUGGGAACAUAAUAAUACAUAAGAAAAAGUACAACAAACAGCAUAUCUUGCCUUUGGAGGAGGUGAAGUUAGAAAAUGUCGAGGAUGAAGGAGGUUUGCGGAAUGGAUGGAAACUUAAAAGCCCAAGCAAGUCCUUUGUUGUAUUUGCCGCCACCGCCACUGAAAAGAAAGAGUGGAUGGCACAUAUACGGAAGUGUGUGAAUGACCUUUUGGCUAAACGAGGUAUUCGCCAGAGCACUACAAAUGACUCUCCCGUUUGGGUUCCUGACUCGGAGGCUAAGACGUGCAUGCACUGUCGCAAGUCAGAGUUCAGUUUGGUCAACAGACGGCACCACUGCCGACACUGUGGCCGUGUGGUGUGCAAUGCCUGCAGCAGCAAGCGGUGGCUCUUGCCGCAGCAGAGCUCCAAGCCGAUCCGUGUGUGCCUUACCUGAUGCAGUAAUUGCCACAGGAGAAAACCGCAACUCCUCAGGAGAAGACUCGUCGGACGAUGACGAUGACCAGGGCCGGGACGGCCUGCCACCCGCUGGUCAGUCAGGGGGAUUGGACAUACACGAUGCUCAUUUUCAGAGUUAUAACUGAACCCGUCUAGCACCUGAACGAAUUGACGAACACAUGAGCUGAUGUUUGAGAACACAGGAACUUUGAGACUUGAUCCCAGGGAAUGAGUUUUGCUGGUCCUGACUGGUUGAGGAAACAAGAGUUUGUGGUGGAGUGGACAUUGUGAGAAGAUGUUGCGGACUAAAGGCUUGAUUCACUCAAUACCAAAAGAUAUUGCACCAAGCAUGUUCCUGAGACAAGAUAUUCAACGUGUUUUAAAAUUUAGUGUUUAUAAUAAGACUAAUUGCUGCCUGUGAUGGUUACAAAAAAAACAUGCUUUAAUAUAAAAGCAGGCGGUUAAAUUUGAUUUUAAAAGUUCAUUCCCAGAUUUUAUAGGACUGGUUGCACUGUUAGUUGCUCAUAAUGCCUUAAUUGAGUUAAGUCAUUCAUCUGGCCGAGAAAGAAGUUCAAGAAGACUUUGAUUGUACAUUGAGAGUAACGACAGUUAUGACAACCGGAAUGACAACUAUUAACUAUCAAAUCUGUUUUGACCCUGCUGAUGUUAAUGGGGUCCCUGGAAGGCGCACUGUAUUUAGGCUAGAGUCACUGAUACAGUACAGCGGGGCUGAUCUAAGACUAAGAGUGAAUGGGGUCAACUUUGUCAAUUGAUGGCGAUGCUGAGAAAGAAAAAGUUUUUGAUUUUGCUUGGAAAAAUAUAACUUGAAUCCUCCUUGGAUGUUAUUUCUUAAUGCAUCCAGACUAUGUUUUGUAAUAUUUCUGUGAAUGCAUGUUGAGGAAACUAUUGUAUUGAGUUUUUGAAAACAUAUGUAAUGCCUCCAGUACGCUUUCCAUCUAAUGAAUAGCUAGCUGAACUGACCAGCUACUGUGCUUCUUGCUCAGUGACCCUAUUUGCUUAAGUCUACAAUCUUAACAUCAGCAGGGUUUAGUAGAAGAAAAAACCAGGCAAGCAUGGUCUGUUGUGAAGCAGACGCAGCAGGCCGGAGUGGGGUCAUGUGGGUUUGAUUGUAGACAAAGCAUAAUGCUGUGUUGACAGGAGAAUGGAGGAAGGUGCCGUAUUCAAUUCAUAGUUGUUUUAACACUUCACGCCAAUAAUGUAACAAAUUGUAUAUAAAAUUAUCUAUUGUUUGGUCGUGUAGGAUUAUUGAUAAAGGUCAUAAAGAAAGCAAGGCCAUUACGCUAUGUAUAUUACAUCUGAAAAGUAAGAAAUUUUGGUUUGUGACCGAUAAUGUCAUAGGUAGAGCACUUGAAUGAAUUACACAUUUGGCUCCUGAUUUUGUAAAUUUAUUAGAUAGAAGCCUUUUCUGCUCUAGAAGAGUCGAGUGAAAGUGCUGGAUAAGUAGGGGACAUGAGUGGCAAUGUCACCUUUUUUACAAUGGGUGACCGUUACAUUAUUACAUAUCUUUCCAAGUAGUAAUUUGUACCUUUCUGGGCUCUCGUGGUAUCAUAUUGCUGGUGCUGAUGUUUUUGUUAUAUGGCCUGUAUUUUGAUUGCAAAUGUUGUAAAGUGAACUUGUCAUAGUGAAAGGAAAGAGACAGGAGGAGGAGAGUGGGCUGUUGAGUAUUGAUUCCACAAACUUGUGGAGGCUGCGGUCUAUGAUUGCAGCACACACACCAGCAAUGACAGUAGACUAACACUUACUACAAGCGGGCCUCGCCCAUCCGAUACGAGGACCAGGUGGUUUGGCUUGCCAUGCCACCUCUGGGUCACAAGCUCUGGGGUGAUUACAGAACCAACAGCGUACUUAUGCCCUGUGUACCAGAGCGCCUGAUUGAGUGAAUGUCUAAAAGAAGUAAAAGUCUCGGCACUGUUUGUUUUUCCUAUUUUUACCGACAAAAAACAAACAAAGAAAUAACAAACAACAAUGCUUCUUGUCUAACAUUUCUGGUCUGAAAGGCAUAGAAUUCUGAUCUAGGUAAAAUGGGUGGGCGCCUUCUUACUCCAAACUUGCAGCGAGUCCUUUUGUGACAAUUUUGACUACAAAUGAGAAUACUUUGUGCUUAGAUUAUCUGCUGCUUAUUGUGAGCAAAUCAUAAUUUAGGACCAAUUUGUCAACAUUUUUUUUUACAUUGCAAUUGUGUAGAUUGUGACAUGCAGUUAAUACAUUCUUUUACACUGUCUUUGACGACCUGUCUCUGUCAAAGUGACAGAGUGCGAUGGAUUUUAAAAACUAAAUGGGCAGCAUUUUUUAAGAACUAAUUUGACUGCUUUGCUUAUCCUACACUUAAGCGAAUAAACCAUUCUCUUAAAAUGAACAUGUUGAUAGUCAUGUCUCGUCACCAUGACUUUUUCUUGUGGAGCUUAACAACAUUUUGUGAUUUGUGCUUGGUCAGUAUGGGUUUUUUUUUUUCUAUUAAAAAAACAACAUUUACAGAAGCUAACAAACUUGAAAGUAUUGUCAUAGAUGAUCACCAUGGAUCCCACAGACAUAAUGGUUUUCGGGUCUUGCUGUGUUGUUUUGUUUUUUUAAAAGAUAUUUUCCAGGAAAAAGUAGUUUUAGGUGCCCUUUAGUUUGUUUCAUAAUUCUAAUAAAAACUAAAUAGGUUAAGAUAGGUUAAAAGUCUGAAAGUAGCUAUUUCAGGGAAGCACUUGUACAUUAAAAAAAAAAAUGUUUCCCAUCUGGUGUUGAGUGGCGCGAAGCUGUUCCCUGUGAAGGAAGAACUUGUGAUACCUUAUAUUGUUGACCUAUGCAGCUGGCCUCUUAUUGUAACGUCACCGACUAUUUGGACGUCUUUGCACUUUUUCCUCUUUGAUGAUGUAUGAUGAAUGUAUAACCAUUAUGUCAAUGUAAGCGACUCAAAUGUGUCUCCCUUGCCUUUAUUUAUUGUGAAUUGCAAGAGAUUCUUUAUGAUUUCUACGCUGGACUAUGCCUUUUUUCAAAAUUGUUUAUUUUGUAAAGUUACCAGUUUUGUGAACAAGAAUAAGUCUUAAAGUCCGCUGGUGUUUGCGGCUGCGAAAUACAUACUUAAAAGUGGCCAGAUUUUUUUUCCAGGAGAUUUUUUCAGGGACUUGAGCAUGCUUUCAUUAUUGUGCCUUUUUCUGUGAUUCUGUGUGAUUGUUGAUUAUUGUGGGGUCACAACCGAGGGAUGUCUGACUUUUUUUUUGGUUAAUUAAGUUAAUGCCAGGGUCACUCAGGUGUGAUGCUUUAACCUGAGAGUAGACGGGCAAAUUUUCUCCCGAUUUUACCACUAUUGGAAAAGGUCAGUCUGUGUGUUUGAUUUCACCACCCUUAUCAAAACUUACCUCUUGCCUUCACUUUUGCAUUUUCUAUGAUUUUCUUUUAUUAUUGUAUUAUAUGCAAGAUGGACUGUCACUGUUGGUCAGAAAUUUUGGAAUGAUUUACCGUUUUACACUGAGUUCCCCUUUGAAAUGCCUGUGUGCUUUUCCUUUUACAUCGAUGGUUGCCGUUAUGGUUUAAUGUAUUAGUAUAAGUCAGGUUUUUUGUGUAAAGGUGUGAAUGUUUGAAGGUUUUUUUGUUUUUUUAAAAACAUUUUCCCCCAGCAUUUACAGUAGUUACAUAUAUGACCUUAUGCAGUUGUGAGCGCUGUAAAACCUCUACUAAAACUAACUAAACAGUAGAACCAGGCAUGGGUACUCAAUUAAAUCACCCCAUGGGUUGCUGCCUGUUCACAUAGUUUGUUUUAGCCAUUUAUUUUCUAUGUUGUAUUUUCGAAAUUAGUUCUUUUCAACUUGGAAACCUUCUUCUCCCAGUGGAAGUUUACUACUGAAACAGUUAUAAUGUGUCACAUGUUCAGCUGUUAUGUUGAAAAUGUCUUGAAUCAGUGCUUGGAACCUUUUUAUUUUAAAACUUAUGUUCAUAAAAAUGGGUGUACCGGGAUAAGUUUUUCUGUUAGCUAAAUAGUUUUUAUGAAAUGUUAUGGAAUUUGCCAUAAGACUAGGGUAGUUCAAGGAAAUUUUGAGUUUUCAAUUUACUUUGUGUUUUGAAAUCGUCUUGAUUUGGCAACAUAUUAGAGUUGAAAAGCUCAUAUUUGUUACUUCAGAAAAAAAGGCAUGCCUGAUGGUUCAUAAUGCCUAACAACUCACAAAUCUUUCUUUGGGAUGGAGCCCUAAAACAACUAAUGAGGGUUAGUCUUGAGCUUGACUCAGGUUGACUUGAAAUCUCUCUUUCGGACACGUUACUGAAUGGUAAACUGUUGUUAUGCCCAAUACAAUUAAUUUGUAUGUUUUUGACGAUGCACAAGUUUGGAAACAUGGCGUUGUCGAAUUUUGUUCUUGUUUUUUUAAAACAAAAUUUUGUUCUAAUUUUCUACCUGCACAUUAUGUUGUCCUUCAUUAAUAUUUCUUACCCUAUCUGUACAGUUUUCAUCACCCAAUCUGUACAGAUUUUCGCCACUUGUUCUUUGGGCUACCAACACAGGGAAGAUUUUUUUGUAAAAUAAUGACUGGCUAAACAUUUAUGCACUAAUGCGUCGCAAAUGUGGGGUAUAUUUACCGUAAAUCAAAUGUCCACAUCGCGGACAGGUUCUUGUAAUAUGCUGAAGCAUUUGUUUUCUUGGGAUUUGGAAAGUACAACUGUUGAUCAGGGUCAGUAAGUUUGAUUGGAAGUUUUAUCUCGACAUGGAUCACUAGGCUGUUUUUCUCCUUUAAAACGUAGUCACGCCCAAAUGAAGUCCAUUUCAUAAAGAUGAUUUUUAUGCCUAAAAGAUGGCAGUAUGCUUUUUGGAUAGGUGAGACUGGGUUCUGUAGCAAUUCUCUGAAAAAUGUGCUGUUUGACCUUCGACUGUGUAACUGGAAAUGUGAAAACCAAUUUGUGUUGUGGAUUUUUGUUUUGUUUUUUGUUUAAAAACUUUUUCUUUUUUUUUCCUUUUUGAAAAGAAAAAGCACUGAAGAUCAAACGGUUAAAU